AUGUCGUCCCCGAAUGAAUAUAUCCCUGCAAAAUGGCACAACAUACACAGUCCGUCCAGUUCGACCCACCUGAUUGACCCACCAGAGACAUCAGCACAUCCAUCUCCCCCAGUUAUUCUUAAUUCUCACCCAUCUCCACAUACGCUUCUCUCCAUCUGCACCAGCCCCCAUAUCAGGAGCCAACGAAGCCCAUUGGGUAGACAUCUCCCAGACAUGAACAAUCUGAUAAUUCCAAUGCCAUCUCCUAAGGAAGAUAUCCAUGCGAAAUGCCAAGAGAUCCACAGUCCAUCUUGUGGAACACGCCUGGUUGAUCUACCAGACCUGUGGCUCCCACAGGAGAUCGUACGUUAUGGAGAAUUCACACAAGCCACGACCAUGGCUUUCAAACUGGAAUCAUACUGUGGGAGCUGUCAACACCAUCUAGGGAUGCUCUUGGAGGAAAUAUGCCUCAAUAAGCAUGGUUACAAAGUAGCCAAGUUCAUCUAUGCCUACAUUGAUGGGCCCAGUUGGAUGCGCCAAUGGGCCGGCAAAAAGAGCAAGGAUACAACUUUGAUUGGCUAUGUAGCAUUCAGUGACAACUGUAAGUCCCAAGAGAUUGGACGUAGGGACAUUGCCGUGGUGUGGCGUGGGACCAAAGCAUUCUCGGAGUGGUUUAAGGACAUUCAAAUCGAUCUCGUUCCCUCUGGAAAUGAUGCUGAUGUGAAGGUGGCAUCAGGAUUCCAUAGCAUCUACACAUCCACGGGUAACUUGUCCAGCUACAACCAGUUAAGUGCAUCAGAACAAGUGAUGGAAGCAGUGAAAGGUCUUGUUAAGUCGUACAAAGAGAAAGUGAAGAGGUGGGCCUCACCAUAA